ACAACGAGUCUGCACCAUCGCUGCCGCUCGCGAGCGGCCCGAUGACGUUCUGCCGCGACUGCCGCCUCCAGCUCUGCGACUUCCACCGGCUCUCGCACCAAAAGACCAAAUCGACCUCCAGGCACCAGCUCAUCGCUCCCACAGACCUGCUGCAGGACCCCGAGCUCUAUGCUCAGAUCCAGAACCACCGGGCCAUCUUCCGCCAUGCGUCGCACUGUCCGUCGCAUCCUGAUCACCUCCAGGUCCUCUUUUGCCUCAGUUGCAAUACCGUCGUCUGCGAGCUCUGCUACGUGCUCGGCUGCAAGGACGACGACGACCGUAUGCAUCCCGUCAGGCCCGUCUUGGAUCACUACCCCGACGCCCGGGAGCAGUUCCAGACGCUUCAUCUGCGCUCCAUCGAAUCCACCCUCGCCAAAUACCAAGCCUUCCCAACACAGCUUCAGCUUUGGUUGGAGCAGCUUAGUCUCGAUGCCGCCGAGGCUAGGACCCAGAUCAGGAACCGCUCACAGGCACUGCAUCUUCAGAUCCAGCAGCGCGAGCAGCAGAUGCUCGAUCAGGUCGCCGACAUCGAGACCCAAACUCGGCGUGAGCUCGAGGCUCAGAUGGCCACGAUCCAAGGCCACAUGGACGACCUGCAGGACAUGCACCGGGACGCUCUCCAGCUCCUGGCCGGCAACAACGUCUUUGCGCUCCUCGAUGCUCUCAAGAGCCAGGAUGCCAUUCCGUCGCCGAACGACGUCCAGAACGAAGCAUGCGGCUUCACCCGAUCCUGGUCACUGCCGGCCUUUGCCGGCCUGCCCGAGGUCGACAUGGGCCUGCUCCCCGAACGGACAUUCAAGAACCAGCGCCGCCCGGUCGAGCUCAAAAUCGCCAAGCAGGAAUACGAUCCCCAGGGGAAUCUGAUCCGACUGCACUUUUCGUUUCAUAUUUGGCCGGCGCUCAAGUUCCAUCACCAAACGAUGAUGUUCCGGUCGCCGGUGACCCUGGCGAUCGACCACCACCAGCUCGAUGCCAUCCAUGUACAGCCCGGUACAGACGUCGUCGUCGAUGUGGCCGCCAGCUAUGCAUUCAAGCGGGGCACCAAGCACCGGCUCUGGGCCAAGGGCUUCUUUGGCGAUGCCGUCACCAAAGUGUUUCUCCAACCCAACUGGGUGCAGCCCGCUGUGCCAAGGCAUCCCUCUUCGGAUGAGGAGAGCACCUCCCUCAGCACGCUAACCAGCAGUAGCGACUCGUCCUAGUCCACCUGUGAGCAUCGACUUCUUGAAUAUAACAACACGCCGAGCGAUAUCCACAG